CGGCCCCGCAUCAAGCAAUCUGACACACAAGUAGUGGAACGCUCAGUCAAAAUGGCUGAUAACGGGGAAGACGGAGUAUCGAAAGGUGUGCACAGGCGUGGAGCUUUAAGGCAGAAAAAUGUGCACGAAGUGAAAAACCACAAAUUUGUUCCUAGAUUUUUUAAGCAGCCAACAUUCUGUAGUCACUGCAAGGAUUUCAUUUGGGGCUUUGGGAAGCAAGGUUUUCAGUGCCAAGUUUGCAGUUUUGUGGUACACAAAAGAUGUCAUGAAUUUGUCUCCUUUUCCUGUCCAGGAGCAGACAAAGGACCCGACUCUGAUGCCACAAACUUGCAUAAAUUUAAAACACACACAUAUGGAAGCCCUACAUUUUGUGACCAUUGUGGGUCACUUCUCUAUGGACUUAUACACCAAGGACUCAAGUGUGAUGCAUGUGACAUGAAUGUACACAAGAAAUGUGAGAAGAAUGUUCCAAAACUUUGUGGUAUAGAUCACACAGAGAGGAGAGGCCGUAUAAAGCUCAAAAUUACCACAACUACCACCAAGCUAGUUAUACAAAUUUUAGAAGGAAAAAACCUAAUACCAAUGGAUCCAAAUGGACUAGCAGAUCCAUAUGUUAAAGUGAAACUUAUUCCAGACGACAAUAACAAAACAAAAAAGAAAACCAAGACCAUCAAAGCCACCUUAAACCCUGUGUGGAACGAAACUUUCACAUUUGACCUUUCCCCUGAUGACCAUUCCAAGCGACUUUCUGUGGAGGUUUGGGAUUGGGACAGAACGUCCAGGAACGACUUCAUGGGCUCCCUGUCUUUUGGGAUCUCAGAACUUCUGAAGGAAAACCAAGAUGGCUGGUUCAAACUACUGAGCCAGGAAGAGGGAGAAUUCUAUGGCAUCCCUGUGACCGAUGAUGCAAUAGCCACCAUUAAUGACCUUAGGAAAACUUUACCAAAACCACCACCCCAACAAAUUGAUGUGUCACGGGGAACUGGCAGCAAACAGGACACAGUUCGAGCAACAGACUUCAAUUUCUUAACAGUUCUAGGGAAAGGCAGUUUUGGAAAGGUUGUCUUAGCAGAGAUGAAGGGAACAGAAGAAUUGUACGCCAUCAAAAUCUUAAAGAAAGACGUGAUUAUACAGGAUGAUGAUGUGGAGUGUACAAUGAUUGAAAAACGUGUCCUGGCCCUCCCCAACAAACCACCAUUCCUUGUCCAAUUACAUUCAUGCUUUCAAACCAUGGAUCGUCUCUACUUUGUCAUGGAGUACGUCAAUGGUGGAGAUCUCAUGUACAGAAUUCAGCAGGAAGGAAAAUUUAAAGAACCAGUGGCUGUCUUUUAUGCAGCUGAAAUAGCGAUAGGAUUGUUCUAUCUACAUAGUCAAGGAACAGUAUAUAGGGAUCUUAAGUUAGACAAUGUGAUGCUUGAUUCUGACGGCCAUAUUAAGAUUGCAGACUUUGGAAUGUGUAAGGAAGGCAUUUUCAAUGACAAGACAACCAGGACCUUCUGUGGUACUCCAGACUAUAUUGCCCCCGAGAUUGUCCUCUAUCAGCCAUACGGGAAGUCAGUGGAUUGGUGGGCCUAUGGAGUGCUUUUGUAUGAAAUGUUGGCAGGACAGCCACCAUUUGAUGGAGAGGAUGAGGAGGAAUUGUUUGCUUCCAUAACAGAUCACAAUGUCUCCUAUCCAAAGUCUAUGUCCAAAGAGGCUGUGUCCCUUUGUAAAGCACUGUUAACAAAAAAUCCAACCAAGAGGUUAGGAUGUGGACCUAAUGCAGAGAGAGAUAUCAAAGAUCAUGCCUUCUUCAAGAGAAUCAAUUGGGAAAAGAUUGAACUUCGUGAGGUUCAACCCCCCUAUAAACCAAAGAUUAAUAACCCACGAAAGGCUGAAAAUUUUGACAAGAUGUUCACUGCUGCGAAACUGAAAAACACACCGACGGACAGUGUUGUUAUCAUGAACAUAGAUGAAAAUGCAUUCCGAGACUUUACUUACGUCAAUCCUUUCUUUACUGAUUUUGCUCGUUCCGAAAAUUCCGCAUUAUAGCUCACUAGAAAUUUCUUUUUACAUUAAAUGGAUUCCUUGUAUGAUGAUAUGUGUGUUGGACAUAUAUUUAAAAAAAAAACUCCCAUGUUUGAAAAUCAAAUUUUCCAAUACAUGUAUUAUGAAGGAUAUGUUUGCAUGGGGGUGAAAAAUUCAUAUAAAAAGUUCAUCUAAGAAAGUCAGUUAUGACGGUGUCAUAUGAGAUUUGUUAUUUACAUGCAUAUGCAAUCAAAACUGAAUGAGUUGAAAUGUCCAGUAGGCAUUGACAGGUUAUGUUUGUAUGAGUAUAAAUGUUUCUAGUUGUAUGUAAACAUGCACAUUGCUGUUGUAUUACUAGAGUCUAGCAAUUAUCACCUAUGAACUCGGUGUUUAUAUGUUUGUAUGUAGAGAAAAAUGAAUGGAUGAAUUUUAGAUAUGUUUAUCUAUAUAUCACAAUACUUGAAACUCAUUUUCUUGACAAAAAUAUUUUAAAAAGAUAUUUUAAUAAUAAUGAAAAUAGGAAAAAAUAUUGUGAAAUCUUAACAAAGACUGUAUUUUGUCAAUGAAGUUGUGUGGAGUUUAUAGAUUUCCUGCCAUUUCUUGAAUUGGAAAACCAUAUUUGUAAACUGUUUUCUUACUGUGCAGAACUUGUAUAUAACUUAAUAGAUGACAAAAUCACUGUCUGAGAUACUCUCCUAUGAAAAGUUGAUAUACCGGUAGGAAAAAAGUACCUCAGAUAUAGAAUGUAAUGGGUUACGUUACCCUUGGCUCAAAAUUGUUUCCCCCUGUAAAACUGAAACAUUUUUUGAAGUUGAAGACCAUUCUCCUAACUAUUUUUGCAUGUUAUCAGUUGUAAAUUUUCUCUCUAAUUACAAGAAUUUUUUUAUUUCAAAUCUUUUUGAAAAAAAAUAUUUUCUGUGACUAAUCAUGCAGAAUAUGUUUUCUGUAAAUGUGUAACACCAAACAUUUCAGAUGAAGCUAAGAGCAUGAUAAAUGUUUUUACAGUAAAAAUUAGAAUUUUGUGCAUUACAACAGAACAGGUGAUAUAUAUAUGUGCAGCACGUUAACUUUUAAUCUAUUUUAUAUGUACAUGUAUGCUUUUUUCACAUUUUUUUUUUUGAAAAAUUAAUUGUUAUAUAAUCUGAUUGUACAUUUUUGUAUGAUAAUUGAUACCCGCUAUAUAUUACAUGCAGUAUGGGGCACUCUUAUUAACCAGUUCAUUAGGUAUGGUUGUCACUAGAUGUUAGUGUAAUGUCUCUUUUAUUUAUUCAGGAAGAAACCUAUCAUUUUAACUAAGAACAUACAAAUGACAGGAAAAAAUACCACCCUUAAUUGAAACUUCGCAAAUAUUCUCACACUAUUAGUUUAGUGUGAAAUAUGGAUGUACUGGUCAGAGGUUAUUUCAUUUCAUUAGUUUGAACUGAGUACAAGCUGAGAAAGCAUGUUAUUUAUCCUCUGAAGUUUGUGUGCUGAUUUAAAGCCAGGAAUAUUUUUUCAUUAUAUGCAAGGGUAACUUCUGCAGAAGUAUUACUAGAAUUCAAAAUGGAGUCAGCCUGUAUUCUGAAGUUCUGGAUUUUUUAAAUUUUUUUUAAAUACUCUAGACUUCCAUUUCCUUUUGUUCUUCUUUUGAUAACAUUACUUUUAUCUUGAACCAAUUUUGCAAAAUAAAUCAGGUUCUAUCAGUUUAAAAUAUAAUCUUACGUGGAGCUGAAAACAAAGCUGUGCUAUAUGAUUUUCAGUAGCAACAGUGCUAGCUGAAGUAGCAAGACAAAAUCUAUUUGACUUUUUUCACCCACAAGUGCACUUCUGUAAUUUUUUUUUUUAAAUUAUCUAUACCUGUGACUUAGAGGACAUUGUAAAUAUUAAAUUUGACUUGAGGAUAUUUUCAAGAAUAAUUUAUCUACUUUUUCAUCGAGGAUAAAUAAAAUGAAUAAUUCAGCCAUUUUUGUAAAGCUAUAAAUUAACUGAAAUUGCCAAUACCAGGUCGUAAAUUACAUCAUCAAAAAUUGAAUGGAUUAAUGGCAGCCCUGUCUGUUUUUUAGAUGAAACAUUCAUUUAGAAGGUAGUCCCCAAAUCAAUUUUCUGCCUGAGGAUAAUUGCAGUAUUCAUGAAUGAGUUUCACUAGCAUUACAUGAUUGUGCUAGUUUAUUAAGUCUAUCACAUACCAUCAGUGAACAAAAAUAGACCUCUCACUUAAUCAGAUACAGUCUUUUCAGAGAGUUGAGGGGGAAAAAUAAAAUUCUUAAGACUGUCAUGCACUGAAUUGGAAUUGUUACCGAUUUCUGUCUUGUUCUUCUAAUAGUGGAAUUCAGAAUCUGAAACUUCUUUUAUAAGGAAGGUGAAUUUAUUAAAGAGUUUUUUUUUUAUAAUUGGCAGCAGUAUCAAGUACUAUCAGGGUUGUCCCUAAGACCCGGGGGCCGGGGAAUUUCCCCACCUAUAAUGAUGUUAUCCCCCUGUUACUCUAGUAUUCUUCCUCAACCUCAAGUUAGGAAAGGAACCUCAGACCCCCUUCUACUUUUUGAAUUUCCCCUGCUACUUCAAUUCUUAGGGACAACCCUGACUAUGUAUAAAUGCAUUUGAUUGUAACAAAGAGCUCAAGUAAUAUAUUUAAUUUUUUUUUUUAAUACACUGUAGAUCAUCAUAAAGUAGUUAAUAAAUAUCAUUCUAAUUGAAAUAUUAAUCUUAACAAUUUGAACUUCAUGUAUUACAAUUUUUUAACCAAAAUAGAAAGUAGAGGUAGUACAUUUAAGAAUUUAUCAAGUGAAAAGCUCCAUGUCAGAUCAAAACCAUACCUGGGUGUCAAAUAUCACAUAGGAAUUUUUCACUGUAAAAAAAAAAAAUGCCACUGCUUUAUUAACAAAUUUUGUUAUCUAAUGUAAUUCUACACACUGCUGAAAAUUUUUGUGAGAAAGUAACAAUUCAUGAUGUAUGUAAAUUAUUUAUAUGAGAGGUUUUAUUUAUACAUUUCUUCUGAUGCUGAUCCACCUCAUAAUACAAGCAUAACCUAUAUGAUAUAUAUACAAUGUUGCAUGUACUUAUACUUUGGAAAGGGCGUCUGGAUUUUUUUUUCACUUUGUAUUGCAUUUUAUAAUUUAUUUUUGUCAGUAAUGGUCUGACUUGUUACAAAACCCACCAGUUCUUACUCCAGCAUUGUGAAAACAGAGCUCUAAGAUUUUUUUUAAGGAUAAUUAUCUUCAUUUAACCGUAUAGAACUUAAUUUGAUGUUUCUUUUUUUUCAGAAAAUUUUAUGUUUUUUUUUCUUUUUCAAAUUACAUUUACUCUAUUGUCUGUUAAAACUUGUUGUCUGCGCCAUUGUUUGUUGACCACUAUUAAAGCAACCUAAAGAAAAUUUA